AGUAUUUAAAAAGAAAAUCAAAAUCAGAAAAGUUUAUAUUAAUUUUUUAGCAUUAAAAUGGAAAUCCCCAAACAUAUCUUAAAACCCUAAGUUUUGUACUGCAAGUGGUGCCUGUAGACUGCACGCCGGGUGCACUCCCGCUACCACCGGACGCCGCCGACCACUGAAGCCGGAGCCAGAACGCUGCUCCACCUGCUUGCCGCUGUUUUAAAAGGAAGGGAGUGCCGAUCGAACUGAGGAAGAAACCAGAGUCAAUUGAGUGCCGAUCGAAUUCACUGACGGAAGGAAAGUGCCGAUUGAGUCGCCGCAGGCCGCCUCCACCGCCGGACGCCGAGUCGCCGAUCUGCACCCUCCAGGUUUUGGGUGGCCGACCCUAACAAGAUGAUCCGAAGAAUUGCCCAAAUCAACCAUCUGAACACCUCAACCCCGACCUCUCUCAAAGCUCUGAGCCACCAACUUUUGCAGCGAUGCUCAGUGAGCAGAACAGCAAAGGGCAAGGGAAAAUUGAAGGCAGGGCAGCCCUUGAAGAGAACCAAAGUAUCUACCAAAAAGGGCUCCGAAACCACAACAAAAGAAGCUCCUAGAAGAAAAAGCGAGUUCGAUGAGAUGCUCGAGGAAUGCUUGGGCUCCACCUCACCGCUUCGUUUCUUGAAGCCCAAAGAGAUGGCCCGAGAGUCCGAGAGGGAGAAGAUGGGCCUGAUAUCCAAAGCCCGAGAAGAGGAGAAGAAGAAGCUGAAGAAGAUGGGGAAGGAGUUCCAGUCUCCAUGGAUGAUUGGGACUCCGGGGUUGGACUUGAUCUCUUUGGGUUUAGUUGACGUAGAGAAGAUCCCAAAGUAUGAGCUAACGGUUGAGGAUGGGCGGAUGCUGGCAAAGGAGUACAGCAGGGUAUUGAUGAGGAAGCACAGGGAAAGGCGGGCUGCCGAGUCGACACUGUUGAGGCUGAAGAAAGAGGCCAUUGAGGCAUUGCCUGAGAAUCUGAAAGCUGCUGCCUUGGUUCCAGACUUGACUCCAUUUCCCAUGAACAGGUUUAUGGCCACUUUGACCCCUCCAAUCGAAGGGUACAUCGAGAAGGUUCAGGAGGCAGCAAGAAGGGGCUCUGGAAGGGAGAAGCUCAGGUGAUUUCUUUUCUUUUCUUUCGGGUAUGUAACUGGUUCUUGCUGAAUUUGCACGUUGCAUCGCCUUCACUUGUUAGGAAAUGGUAUAAAAUAAUGGUCAUGUA